GUAAAGCCCAAAUUGACUGAGCGCUAAGGAGGAGUCGACCGUGUUUUUCGCGUGCUGAACACUUCGAUCAUUGUUACAUUUGGGGUAACAGUCAUGAAGGACAGCAUGGCCAAUAACAACAUGGCCAGUAUUUCCCAGGCUCGAAAAGCAGUAGAACAACUCAAAAUGGAAGCUUGCAUGGACAGAAUAAAGGUGUCCAAAGCAGCAGCAGAUCUUAUGGCUUACUGCGAAGCACAUAUACGAGAGGACCCACUGAUCAUUCCAAUGCCUGCCUCUGAGAAUCCGUUUCGGGAGAAGAAGUUUUACUGUAUCAUACUUUGA